AUGGCGGACAACAGCGUUCUGUCUAUCCUGAAACCAGAGAGCGACGACCUCAACCCUCUUCCGCCACCGCAUCGGGAUGGGCUCAUAGCCGUGACCGUCUUGGCUUCUCUCUCUUUCGUCUCCUCGAUCUUGGUGUUGAUCUACCUCACCUACAAACUCGUGCGAUGGCACCUCAAAACAUGGAGACGAACACACCAAUCAAAUGGGCAACCGGCAACCGAGCAGGUUGAUCUGUCACUAGGGCUCGCAGAACGCCAUCUUGUCGGCGAGGGACCCAAGAGCGUCCCGACGCUACGCGCCUUACAGAAGAAGGCGCAUCCCAACCAGUUCCUGGUCCUGAUCUACAACCUUCUCCUGGCCGACAUCCACCAGUCCGCAGCCUUCUUGCUCAACGCCUCCUGGGUCGGUCGAAACGCCAUCAUUGUUCGGACGACAACAUGCUGGGCUCAGGGGUGGUUAGUUUCGACGGGCGACCUGUCAUCAAGCCUGUUCAUCACUGCAAUUGCAGUUCACACCUAUCUUGUGGUCGUGUGGAACUACACUCCACCGCAAUGGGCUCUCUACGCCGCAGUGGUUGGGCUCUGGGUGUUCAACUACCUCAUGUUCAUUCUCGGCAUCGCUCUUACGAACAAUGGGAGGGAGGCUGGUGGCUUAUACGUCCGGGCUGCUGCAUGGUGUUGGAUGAACAUUGAGUAUGAAGACUAUCGUCUCGUCCUCCACUACCUCUGGAUUUUCAUCUCCCUCGCUGUAACCAGCGUGCUCUACUCUCUCAUCUUCUUCUCCCUCCGCAGACAGACCAGCCGCCUUCGUAACCGCCAACCUAGCACGAACCCGACCCGGACUCGCUCUGCCACCGCCAACGAGAGCAUCAAUUCCAGCUCCUCAAACAUCAACAUCAACCCCACCAUCAGCCCCGACAAAACCCCUGUGGCCACCACCACCGCCGAAACCCCCGCCACUACCGAAGCCCUAACGAGCAACACCAACAAAGGCGGCCACCACAAGGCCUUUUUGCUCUACCCGGUAAUCUACGUCAUCUGCACCCUGCCCCUCGCCCUGGGCCGUAUCGCCACCAUGGCCGGCGUCGACGUGCCCAUUUCGUACUUCUGCACCGCCGCCGCGCUCAUCACGUCCAACGGCUGGUUGGACGUUCUCCUUUGGGGCGUCACGCGCCACCGUCUGCUCUUUAGCGCCGACGUAGACACCGCCGAGACGGGCUUGGACACCUUCACCUUCAUGCGGACCCCCGCCGGGCGGAGGUACGGGAACCUGGUCUGGGUCGAAGGCGGCGGGGCCACGGCUGGCGGUAGGAGCAAGAGGGAGAGCGGUAGCAGGGUAGGGCGGGAGGUUGUUGGAGGUGGGGACUGGGCUGGGGGGCUAGGGAACUUUGGCUGGUUCAAGAGGAUAGGCCACGGGGGCAGGAGGAAAGGGCUGGGCAUGGGCUGGCGCCGCCUGGGAAGGGGACUUGGAGGUGCUGCGUCGGGUUCGUCGGGGGAUAAGAGCCCUGCCGGUGCGGGGAGGAUGCCCGCUGCCACUGGCAGGGACGAUGGCUUGGCUAUACAGAUGGAUAUGGUUACAACUGUUGUUGUCGAGACGGCCGAGGGCUACCGCGGACCGGAAGGUGGGAAGGCCGGCCGCGCUGGGAGGAAGGAUCGCAGGGGGAGUGGAAUUGGUAACGGCGCGCAAACGUUUGCGCCGCAGGGAAGGUCGAGGGUGUAUGAUGCCCCGGCACCUUCGGGGGUGUCGGAGGGGAGGUUGGAUAAGGAUGGUCAGUAA